CGGCUUCUGCUGUUACUGCGCGAGAGAGCGCAAAACCAGUAACGCCAUGCCGCGCAAGGAUGAGUCGGCCGACCUGACGCGGAUAGCCAUCGUCAACAAAGACAAAUGCAAGCCCAAGAAGUGCAAGCAGGAGUGCAAGAAGUCAUGCCCGGUUGUGCGUAUGGGGAAGCUGUGCAUGGAGGUGGAGAAGAGUAGCCCCAUCGUUUACAUCUCGGAGUCGCUGUGCAUCGGUUGUGGUAUCUGCGUCAAGAAGUGCCCCUUCGCGGCCAUCUCCAUCAUCAAUCUGCCCAAGAACCUGGAGUCGCAGACGACGCACCGGUACGGCCCCAACAGCUUCAAGCUUCACAGGCUUCCGAUGCCGAGACCCGGACAGGUCCUUGGCCUCGUGGGGACCAACGGUAUCGGCAAGUCAACGGCUCUCAAGAUCCUGGCGGGAAAGCUGAAGCCCAACCUUGGUCGGUUCGAGAGCCCUCCGGACUGGCAGGAGAUCCUCCAGCACUUCCGGGGGUCCGAGCUGCAGAACUACUUCACAAGGAUCCUCGAGGACAACCUCAAGGCCAUCAUCAAGCCGCAGUACGUGGACCACAUCCCGAAGGCGGUGAAGGGGAAGGUCGGCGAGAUAUUCACCUCCAAGAACCAGCUCGGCACCAUGGAUCGGGUCCUAGAAGAGAUGGACCUAACGCACGUGUUGGACCGUGAUGUGGGAGUGCUGUCUGGAGGAGAGCUGCAGCGGUUCGCCAUUGGCGUUGUGGCGGUUCAGAAGGCGGACGUGUACAUGUUCGACGAACCGUCGUCCUACCUGGACGUGAAGCAGAGGCUUAAGGCCGCGGCUACGAUCCGGAAUAUCCUCUCCGGGGAUGACGGGGCCAAGCGUUACGUCCUGGUGGUGGAGCACGAUCUCGCUGUCCUGGACUACCUGUCGGACUUCAUCUGCUGCCUCUACGGAACCCCCUCCGCGUACGGGGUGGUGACCAUGCCUUUCAGCGUGCGCGAGGGGAUCAACAUCUUCCUCGCCGGGUUCGUGCCCACCGAGAACCUUAGGUUCCGCGACGUCACCCUGGACUUCAAGAUGACGAUGUCAGCGGAAGAGGUGCUCGCCAACGGCAACACGAACCUCAUCUACACCUACCCGAGCAUGACCAAGACCAUGCGUUCCAAGACCGGCAAGCAGUUCAAGCUGCACGUCGAGGAAGGGCAGUUCGCGGACUCGGAGAUCCUGGUUUUGCUCGGUGAGAACGGUACCGGCAAGACAACGUUCAUCCGCAUGCUUGCGGGACUGUUGAAGAGCGACGAACAGAUGGAAGCGGAGGCAGCCGGAGACCAGGAGCUGGCGGAUUCGCUGGGCGCGCCGAACCUGAACGUGUCCUACAAGCCGCAGAAGAUCAGCCCGCGCUUCGAGGGCACCGUGAGGCAACUGCUGCACAAGCGCAUCCGAGACGCCUACAUCCACCCGCAGUUCGUGACGGACGUGAUGAAGCCUCUGAGCAUCAGCGACAUAAUCGACAACGAGGUCCAGAACCUGUCGGGGGGUGAGCUGCAGCGCGUGGCCAUUGCGCUCUCGCUCGGGAAGCCGGCCGACAUCUACCUCAUCGACGAGCCCUCCGCCUACCUCGACUCUGAGCAGCGCAUUUCUUGCGCCAAGCUGAUCAAGCGGUUCGUGCUGCACGCUAAGAAGACGGCGUUCGUCGUGGAGCACGACUUCAUUAUGGCCACCUACCUGGCGGAUAGAGUUAUCGUCUAUGACGGAGAGCCCGGUAUCGAGACGACCGCGCAUUCUCCGCAGGGGUUGCUUUCGGGCAUGAACACGUUCUUGGACCUACUGCGGAUCACCUUCCGAAGAGACCCCACCAACUUCAGACCCCGAAUCAACAAGCUCGACAGCGUCAAGGACCGGGAACAGAAGGCCAGCGGAAACUUCUUCUUCAUGGACGCGACAGAUUGAUUGAUUCGAUUUGUAUUGAUCGGGGACUGAUCAGGACGUUGUUUCCUGUCACACAACACAUUUCCUUCCCCAUGCCGUUAAGCCUCGAGGGAAGAGGGCUAUAAUCGACCGUUCUCGUGUCGAUUUUACAUCAUUUUUUGCAGCUGAGUUUUUGUUUUUCUUGGUAAAAGUAGUCACGACUCGCAGGUAGUAAUAUCGAAGGGUGAUCCUCCCAUGAUUUCUAUGUGGCGUAUCCAAGGGGCGCGUUGGCAAAGAUAUGAAGCGUGGUGUGGGGCUCCGCGGACUACAGUAGUCACGCGCAAAAUGAAAUUUUGAAUCACGGAUCAGCAUCAUGCCAUGGGGCUCACAGCAGUGACAUGCAUGCUGACAUGCCGUACACUACGGUAGUAAGCAUUGCUUUCGGUCGUUCGCCGUUGGCGGCGUAAGAAUAAGCAAUGCCAUCGCUCAACUCUUGGCCGCCCGUCUUUGCCCCAUGUGGACUAGCCUUUGAAGCCCAUUUUGGCAUGUUUGGCGGAAAAGAUAAGAAUCGCGUCCCCAUCUCCC